GUAUCACUCAUCCUACAUAAGUCUAUUCAAUGGCCACGUUCAACAGAACGUUUAAUUUGCAAGUGUUGAAAGUUUUCUGAGCUGAAAUUGGAUUAUUCUUUUAAAUCUACAGGAAUAAUCCAAUGUCAGCACAGGAAACUUCCAACAGUUGCAAAUUAAAUAUUCUACUGAACGCGGCCAUUCUAAGAUACGCUUUCGUACACUUUUUACACUUUCUGCACUGGUGCCACUUGGGAUUUAAAAUGACACAGAUAUAUAUUCAGUGUAUGAAAGAGAGAAAGAGAAGGAAGACAAUAUCGGAGAGUACAUCAGCUGAUCGACGUGCGCAUCACAAAAGCGAAUGCAGGCGCUCCGUCCUGCUGAGAAAUACGAGGUGAGGUGUGUGAAACGAGAAUGCCAGCCCCACAUAAACGCGAGAGGCUGGACAGACACGAGGUCGCACUCACUAUUCUCCGAAGUGGACCGAACCGAAGAAUACUACGUAAUAGUCGAGUCCUUCGCAUCCUUUCCGGAUAUUCAUAAUCAACUAGCGCGCAACUCGGACAUGAUAUCGCAUCUGUCAAACUUGCUGGUCAUAUUUGAGACUAUUUGAAAUGCGUCGAUUGCGGCUCUCAAUGGUCACACGUAAUUCUACGUAAAUUCCUUCGUGCUAGCCAGUCACGUGCUAGAACGUUGGUCUUUUGUACGUGAUUCAACAAAUCCAUAAUUUGUUGCCUACCAGAAAGAAAUCAUGUCGUAUUCCAUCAAUAGAAGACCCUUAUUAUGGGGUACAUCUGAUAGUGAAUUUGAAGGUGAUUUAGAGACAGAGGUAGAUGAUCCUAACACUGUAAUCUCUGACGAGAAACCGUUUUUGAAACCAUACGAACCAAGUGACAAGUAUAAUCUUGCAUACAUUGUAUUUUACUUACUUGGUGUAAAUACAUUAAUCCCAUGGAGUUUUUUUAUGACUGCUGACGAUUACUGGAUGUAUAAGUUUAGAGAAAUUAAUAAUUUGACGAAUCUCAGCACUACACAUGUAGAAAAUCUUGCGCAAAAGACAGAUCUUCAGGCUAGUUUUACAUCUUACUUAAGUGUAGCCAGCGCAUUACCAAAUACUAUUUUCUUGGUAGUAAAUGCAUUUAUUAGCAACAAAGUCUCUCUAACAGUAAGGAUGGUGGGUUCUCAGUGUACGAUAUUGUUGCUGUUUAUCUUGACCACCACGUUUGUGGAAAUAAAUACAGAUAAAUGGCAAGAUAUGUUCCUAAUUGUUACCUUGACGACAGUCGCUCUCGUAAAUGCUGCAAGCGCUAUUUUCGGAGGAAGCCUGAUGGGUAUAGUGGGUAAAUUUUCGCCAAAAUAUAUCACCGCUAUGUCAGGUGGGCAAGCCCUCGGCGGGAUAUUCACAGCUCUGGCGGAAGUGUGUUCCCUGUGGAUAGGAGCCAGUCCUGUGCUUUCUGGUUUGGUAUAUUUCAUUAUCGGUGAUACUGUAUUACUGUUAUCGCUGAUUGCGUACAUCAUGUUAGAAAGAGCGCCAUUUUUCAAGUUUCACAUGGCGGAGAAAGUACCUGAUCGUUUGGAAUCCGAUUUCUCAACGAGCGAAGAAGUCGGCUUCUCGGCCGGUCCAACCGUGUCUUAUUCACGGAUUAUCAAGAGAAUCUGGCAUUACGGAGUUAGCAUAUUUCUAGUGUUCUUCAUAUCGCUGGCUGUGUACCCAGCGGUCACCGUGCUGGUGGAGAGUCAAUAUAAAGGCGAAGGCCAUGCGUGGAACGAUGUAUACUUUGUACCUGUGGUCACAUACCUCAUUUUCAGUACGGGCGAUUAUGCUGGGAGAGUACUGUCCGGCAUUUUUCAAUGGCCAAGGGGCAGGCCAUGGCUCGUGAUAUUCUUGAGCGUUCUCAGGACUGUUUUUAUACCCGUGCUGAUGUUUUGCAAUGCGCAACCAAGGCAUCACUUACCCGUUUAUAUUCACAACGACUUGUAUUACAUUCUGAUAACCAUUAUGUUCGCUGUAACUAAUGGUUAUCUGUGCAACUUAACGUUCAUUCUCGCCCCCACAGUCGUAGACAGUCAAGAGAAGGAAAUUGCGUCCGCAAUGAUAGGUGCUUUCUUGGGUGUAGGAUUAGCGUCCGGUGCUGCACUUAGCUUGUACAUGGUGAAGGCUCUCUAAUGUCUACGACAAUUGAGAAGUGUAAAUAUGAAAAUAUAAUGAUCUCACUGCCUUUUAUAUUUAUCUGAAAUCAGGUAAGAAUCACAUGAGGCAGUAUAUUGGCCACGAGCUUCUCUUUUAAGCAUAAGUAUUAAAGAAAAUCCACUCAAUCGUUUCCUCGAUAGCCAUCACACAUAAGAUAUUAUUAAAGAUUUAUAUUAAUUUUUCGUAUUUCCACGAGAUAGACAUAAGUUAACUGAUAAUAGGUCAACACAAUAAUACCUUAUUAAAAAAUUUUUAACGAAUCUGUAUUAUAAAUACAAACAGGCCAAUAAUGGUCAUUUAGGUUUUACUUUAGUCGACGACUGUGAAAAAACUUGAAGUGGCUCGAAACAUUCGAUAUCUACGGUAGUUGGAUACUAGAUUUUGUUGUCCAUACUUAACCGUAUUCAUCAGUAAUCUAUGAUAUAACUACAAUAUACAUAAUAAUUUUAUAUCAAUUGACGAUAUGGAAUAUUUCUUAGAUAAUAUUUUUAAUAUAUAGUUAAAAUGUUAAACAGCUUGAGCGCGGAAAAUUCAGCGUGGGUCAUCGGCCGACCCACGUGGUACGGAACGUAUUAGGCAUUGAUACUCUUAGGCCGAUAUUUAUAGUCGAAUCUUAUAUUUAAGACCAUCUUAAGUUUAUCUUCAAAUACUGUACGGCCCAUUUUACUGAUUACGAAACAUCUGAAAAAGAACUCAAGAUCUUAAAUAUAAGAUCCGACUAUGAACAUACCGGAUUUUAUUCAGGCUUUCAUUGGUCUUUUUGCAUUUGACUAAUUGUAUACUUUUAAAAGUCUUUUUUAUUCGGGUCUCUCUAUGUUUGAUAAUUAUUAUUAGUUUUGACAUUAUCUAUUUGCAAAGCUGCUGAACUAAAAAUAAUUUGCUAUGUCAUUUCUUUUGCAUAAGAAAAGGUCAUAGAAUGAGAUAAGCUAUCAGAAUAUCUGGAUAAGCAGCUCUGACAAUUAUAUAGUACAUUAUAUAGUACAUUAUUUUUUUUUAUUAUUUUACUAUUUUCCUAUUUGACUCUACGUAUGAGUGACGACGUAAUAAUCGACAAGAUAUGUCGUAUUAUUACCAAUGCUGGAAAAUUAUACGUUGUUGAUAUUGGGCAAAUCAUAUUCCGUAGAUUUACCAUGUUUAUAUAGCAUAUAUAAGUACAUUGUAUUUGUAUGAUUUAUAGGAUAAACGGUGUAAUUACAAACAAUUACCUAACAUGUAUAUAUGAUACAAAAGAAACAUAAAUAUACAAAGUAUUUAUAGUAAUGUAUAAUUCUAGUCAUUUGUGUUACAUAUAUUUUUUAAUAUAACACUUGUACAAUUUAAGAAAUAUAAAUCACCACACUGGACGAGAAAAGAUAGAUGAUGAGUAUUGUGUAUAAUUAAUAAAAUAAAUCUCUUGCAUAAAUAUGUAAACAAUUUCAUGUACCUUGUCAAUAAAUAUUUAAUUAUACAAUUUUCUCUUGUAUUUCAUUUGGAUAUUUUGAAGAAACCUAAUGUAAGAGAUUACUACGAACUAAAUAAAUUAUAAGUUAUACAAUCAAAUGAUAUAUAAGUUACAUAUUAGGUAUAAUAUAUUAAUAUAUUAAAUUAAAAUGGAUAUAACCUGUUGCUUUGUUGAUAACUGCAAAAUUAAGUCUCGCUUAAGCUUCAGAUGCAAAUUACGUGGCAGAUUUAAUAUAAAUAUUAAAUUUGCACAUACCUACACACAUGCAUACAUACACACACAUACAUCAUAGCCACUUCAUGUUAAGAGUCUACAAGUGGGACUAUGGAGGUUUUUCGUGAAGAUCCCGAAACUACACAUUUUUAUUUCUCGUUUUCAUCAAAGUAAAAAAAAGAAUUACUUUCUAAUUGUGAUAUUCGUAAUCAGAAGAAUCGUCAGUACGAGUUUUUUUUUUUUUUGGAAAAAAGAUUAAAAUAGAAACGUGAUAAUUUAUUUGAGUGAAUGCUCCACUUGGAGUGCAGAGCGAAUCCGUAUUUUCAUUUAUUAUAAAUUUGUAUGAAUCUAAUUGCAAAAUCCGGCUUGUACCACAGUGUCACAGUACACUUGCAAAGAAGUCUCCAAAAAUAGUUUGGUAACCGAAUAUGAUUUCUCCAAGCCGAUAUAUUGUUGAAUGUAAAUAUCCCGGAAAGUCUAGUCUAGCAAGAUAUUCAAGUAGCUGACAAAACAUUCAUGUAUGUGAAAUAAUAUAUCUUAUAAUAAUAGUAAAUAUAUAAAUAACAUGUGUUCAAAAUUCUAAUUGAAGUCGUUAAUGUUAUCAUGCUCAUCAUGUGAGCCGAGCAUGAUGCGGCAAACGAUCUCUAAACAAUAACACGCGGAUUACUAACCAACAACAACAUAAGUAAACAUGAAGCACGCGUGUCUCAUCACGUGUUCGGGUAGAAGAACACCGAAUUGUCACAUCGUAUCAAAAACAUGAUCGAAAAGGCUUCGUCCGAUCGAAGGUCGAUCAAUCUAUUCGUUCCGCUGAAAAAAAAA